AUGCACAAGGGGUCUCGUUACCUUCUUGCGACAAGAACACCAUCGAACCGUACGCUCGGUCCAUACACUUUUUUCAACGACCUCAUCCACCUCCCCGACUCUCCCCCCACCCCCACCCCCCAGCGCGUUCGGUGUGCCAAGCUGUGGUCCGAGCUGCUGUCUUCCUUCAUGGAGAUGGCGACCCAGCCCGAGCGAAAACACCUUGUCGAAAACGCGUCGAAGAUUGGGCGCUCUUGGCUCCGACAGAUACCCUACUUCGAACCCCUUCGUCUAUCCAACCACGAGAUCGCUGCUGGUCUACACUACCGACUCCUCACCCCCGCCUACUCCCCCGUCUGCGCUGCAUGUGCCAACGACUCCGACCUCGGUCACGACGAAGAAGCCGGCAGGGAUGGAGUGGAUGGAUUGGUGCAGGGAAGGAUCGUGGCGUGGUUGACGAAGAGGGAUGCCGAGGUGGUGGACAAGGCGCCGAGGAUUUACGGGGGGGCGUUUCGCCCCCUUGUUCUUUCUGCGGGUAGGCUUAUGGGUGAAGAGACGGCGGUCGAGUGGAGGAGUUGGCGGAAGUGUCUCGAGAAGGAGGUGUGGGACGGGCUGCAGAGUAGGGUGGGGAUCGAGUUGGUGAAGGCGAGGGCGAGGACGAUGUGGAUGUGA